CAGGCUCUGCCCGAGCUGCUUGGCCACGGUGGAGCCUCGUGUCUCGCCUCUGCCGCCGCCCUGUGACGGCCACUCCCGCUCCUGGACUUGCCGCUGCCGCCGUGUGUGUCGCCGCCACGGGCCUGGCUGUAUGAGUAGGCCACAAUCUUUCAUGAGUAAACAUAUUCCUUUCUGUGGGGUUUUUGGUCACGCAUUUAUGGAGUUUCUGAAGGGCCCUGGAGAUUACUGCCAGGCACAGCAUGGCCUUUAUGAGGACAAGUGAACUUGAGAAAGUCACUCUACUCCAGCAGGACGUCCCCAUCAGAGAGAAUAACCUGGACACAGACGUGUUGAAUUGAAAGCAUCGGAACAUUUUACAAGAGUUCUGACCCGAAUGGGGUAAACCUCUGUGCACUUGCUUUCCACCGACUCGGCAUUAUUAGUGAGUCGAAGAACAGCUGCUGCUUCUCAGGAAAUUCAUCUCAUUUUCUGUCACCUGCCUAUCUGAAGUGCUGAGAAUUUCAAGUGGAGUGUGUUGAGGUGGACUUCAGUUUCUUGACAUCAUUUCUGUAUUCAAAAGCUUUUAAUUUUUUCGUGACCGUAUUGAGUGGUUUUAAACGAAAUUAACAUGGCUCCGAUGAACCGCCCGGCUCCUGUGGAAGUCACAUACAGGAACAUGAGAUUCCUUAUUACACACAACCCAACCACUGCAACCUUAAACAGGUUUAUAGAGGAACUUAAGAAAUUCGGAGUUACCACAAUAGUGAGAGUGUGUGAAGCAACUUACGACACCGCCCUCAUGGAGAAAGAAGGUAUCCAGGUUCUGGAUUGGCCUUUUGAUGAUGGAUCAUCUCCUUCCAAUCAGAUUGUUGAUGACUGGUUAAGUCUUGUAAACAUUAAAUUCCGUGAAGAACCUGGUUGUUGUAUUGCUGUCCACUGUGUUGCGGGUCUUGGGAGAACCCCAGUGCUUGUUGCCUUAGCGUUAAUUGAAAGUGGAAUGAAAAAUGAAGAUGCAGUGCAGUUUAUUAGACAAAAGCGGCGUGGAGCUUUUAACAGCAAACAACUUUUGUAUUUGGAGAAAUACCGUUCUAAAAUGCGGCUGCGCUUCAAAGACUCCAGUGGUCACAGAAACAACUGUUGCAUUCAAUAAAACUUAGCUGCCUGAUGCUAUUGCCUUGGAAGUGGAACUUGAGACUGGAUCUAAUUUUUCAGAUCUAUUAGCCAACAUCUUAGUGAAUAAGUCUAAUGAAGCUCCCAUAGGAAUGUUGAAAAGCCACAAGCUUGACAGAAUUGCCACUUCUGUUUUGCUUACUAUUUAUUAUCCUAUGCCAAAAAACAAUAUAUAAAAAGUAUAGUGAGAUUAGAUGCCAAGAUACCCAGUACAAUAUGUGUUUAUUUUUAGUAUCAUACAGAAUUAAAAUCCCAGGAACUUUGAACAGUA